AUGAGUGUUCAUCUUGAAGUGACAACACCCGUGUACAACCGUGUCGAGUCUGCAUCACACCGUGAGUCGGUAGCUUUAGGCCUCUUGGAACAUCCUCCAAGACUUUCAACCUUUUCAAAUCUUGAUCUCAACGAUUCCAACGAAAGUAAACACACUGCCGGGUGUUCUGUCCUGAUGCUCGUAUUGCUGUCUUUACCUCGAAUGGCCACCAAUAUGGCUUGGUCAGCUCAAUGGGCUGCUCUUGGUCCGUAUCUUGGUACCAUGAUACCACCCUUUGCUGUGCAACUCACACAACUCAUCGGUCCGCUUUCCGGUAUACUAGUUGCGCCAAUCAUUGGUGUGCUAAGUGAUCGAAAUGUGAGCAAAUGGGGACGUCGUCGCCCGUUUUUAGUCUACGGAGCUGUCACAAGUGCAGCGUGUUGGGUUCUCAUGGGAUAUACCCGCGAGUUGGGAGAAUUCUUAGGCGAUUCUGGUGACCACCGACCAUACACUGCUUGGCUUACCAUCGUUUUUUACACAUGGAUGGAUAUAACUGUCAAUGUGGUUCAGACUCCCGCUUUUCUCCUCAUUUCUGAUUUUGCAGGUGAUCGACAGACUCUUGGAGCUAGCAUUGGACAAGCCAGUUCGACAUUAGGCUCUAUUUGGGUUGCAGGAUACAUUUACGUCUUUGGUGCAGCCCAUUUAACACUCCGUUGGUUCCUCGGCAUGCUCUCUGUCACGAUGCUGGCUUCUGUAUGUGCUGUAUGCAUCUUUGCCAAUGAAGAAGUGGCUUUGGUGAAAGAAGUGGAACUAAGACCUGGUGAAAACCCUCCUAGUACACUGACACGGAUCAACGAAGCAUUCUCUUCGAUAUUCUUCGGAUUGAAGACACUUCCUCACACAUUGAGCAUUUACUGUCUUGUGUUUUUCUGUAUUCAAUUCGGCUUCACUGCAUACAACGGGAGCAAAGGUCAGUUCUUUGGGAUUGAAGUUUUUGGCGGAAACUCGACAGAAGCGGAUGUGUGUGGACCAAAUCAUUGUACCGAGGAUCAGCAACUCUAUAAUGACGGUGUCCAAAUUGCUGGCGGUCUCGCUGACCUUCUCUUUAAUGUACUUGGCUACCUGUACUCAUGGAUACUGCCAUUCAUCGUCUGUCGACUAGGAGCACGCUGGGUCAUCACAAUUGCGUGCAUUCCACAAAUUUUGCUCAUGGUUAUGCCUUUCACGAAGAUCGUAGCUUUGGACAUAACGAUUGUCGUCUUGACUGCCAUCACUCAGGCCACAAUUUUCGCCCUCAUUGUGCCAAUUAUCGUUCAUGUCUUUGGAUCGUCAGCACAGGUUGGCAUGUACGUUGGCGCUGUCAACUCGGCCAAUUGUGUAGGCCAACUCGUCAAUUUCUUGGUCGGUGCUGUACUAGUCGAAACAUCAUUCGGUUACGCGCUGCCAAUAUUUGUAGGAGGCGCAUUCUCACUCGGAGGUGCUUUAAUCAGCCUCUUUGCCCUGCGGAUCGACAUGCAUUCCAUGUAA